AUGUGUAGCAGUAGAAUUGUAGUCCCUGGGGACCUUAUAUCCCCUUUAGACGUCAAUAAGAAAAGUGGGCCGUCGACGUACUGUUGCUCGGGGAAUAUACUGUCAAGUGCAUUUGGAUAUGUCAAGGAGGAAUCACAUACGGAUGGAUCAAAAACAUUUUCAGUUGUGCCGUUGAAAACUUCUGGCAUAGUUCCUUACACCGGGUCAAUUGUGUUGGCCAAAGUUUCUAGUAUUACACGAAGAUUUGUUCGCUGCGAUAUCGUCGCGAUUGGAGAAGUUUGCCUUGCCGGACCAUUCAAAGGUCUCAUAAGACGUGAGGAUAUUCGUGCUACGCAACGCGAUCAAGCAGAACCAGGCUACUGUUUUAGGCCAGGAGAUAUUGUUCGAGCUCGUGUUAUUAAUCUCUUGGGUCCUGGAGCAUAUACCAACACUGGUUCCUUUAUGUCUAGCACUUCACCACAGACGUUAUCCACGUUGUUAACUACUCAGGCUAUAUCCUGUUCAGUGGCGGCCACCAAUGAUGCAAACAUAAGUGGCUCCAGUUCUGUUUGUCUUCUAUCUACUGCUGAGCCUGAUUUAGGCGUGGUCCUUGGUCUCGGAAGAUCUUGUUUACAGGCCGGAGUUCGAACCACGGAACUAGCCGCAAUCCUUUGUGCUACCUUUGAAAAUGUCCAGGGGACUGUAAUCGCCUAUCAGUAUCCACACAACUAUGUAUCCCCGACCCAAUUUAAGGAGAUUGGCAACGCUGUUAUCCCGCGAGCUGAAUUAGCUUUCCGGUUAGUAACAAUAGAGGCUUUUAGACACUAUGUGAUCGGCUGCCUGCAACGCAUCGAAGGUGUCCAGUAUAAGAGAAAUACAUUGCAGUUCAAUAUAUGUCUUGUCAUUAAGCCAAAAGCAACUGCUAAUCGGGAUGAUAUAUCACACUGGCAGUUCUGGGACGAUUAUUCAGCCGGCGGUUUGAGACCUAACGUCCAAGCAGCUUACGAGGCAUUAACACUAAAGAUUAAUAGAUAUUUUUAUGCUUUAGAAGAACAAUGUGGAUUUCUGUCUCGCUCAUUAGGACAUCAUGAAGGUGUAGAAAAGUGCGUAAAAUUACUCCGUCUUAAAUCAAUUUACAAACAAUUACAUGAAUCCGGAAUGUGUAUUCUUUCGUUUCCCAAUAGUGGCUCUUUGUACUUACGGUUUAGUCCUAGACAGGAUCAUGGGUCGUAUAGCAAUUUGUCAUUCGAUAUGUUUGAACUGGUGUCUGAAGAGAUUUUAAAAGAUAAUAAUGUUGAUGAUAAUGAUCGGGGAUUAGAAUUUGGUCAAAAAAUCCGACAGUUCAAUCUUCACCAUAAUAAUCAAGUUGUUUUUCCUAAUUUCAAUCCUCAAAGUGAAUCAGAGAUUACUGAUAAUUGUGUGUUUGUUUUAAUCGCUUCUCCAACUUAUCAUCGUCAGUCUAAAAUGGGUUACAAUUUGAAUGGUGGUUGGAGACCAUUGGAUGCUGUGGCUCAACGUGUUUUACCUUAUAUCAACGGUAGACGACGUUUAAUUGAAUUGGCUCAGUUAGCUCAAUUAGAUGUGGCUAUAGCUCGUCUAUGUUUAAUUGAGCUUGCUCGAAUAGGAUUAGUUCGUGCCUUACCGUAUCCUACAUUUAUAAUGCAGCUUCUUCAAGCUGAUAAGUUUUCCAAUUCAACACUUAUUCCUGGAUGGCUAGGUUUACCACGACUGGCCACCCUACUUACAGACUCCUCUCUUAGCAAAAUGUGCUUGGAAACUGUGAUAGUGUUUAAUUCAAAUCGUCAUAAACUACAAAGUUUAUGCAUUCACGAUAUUUUCCGUCUGUAUACAAUCCUUUGUGGUUCAUCCAAUUUUAGUUUAUCGUAUUUAAUUUCAGCCAAUCCACAUAUUCGAUUUAUUGAGUGUUCAUCUUACAUGAACUCAUCAUCUUCUUCUUCUACAUCAUCAUAUCAUUCCCUUCCAUUUGUAAGAUCAUCAAAACUUUGUAAUUGUCAUGCAUCUUAUCAUCAAACACAGCAUCACUGUAAAAUUAGUUUAUUAAGUCUUGUACAAUUUGGUGAAGUAAAUGGUUUAAUACGACGAAUUCAAUGUUAUCCUAUAAGUGAUAAACUAGAAUUAUCUACUGAACAACAUAUUAAAUAUCGGAUGUCAUCAUCAGUUAUGUCAUCAAAAGAAGCAAUUCCUGCAAUGAUGACAACAACUACGACAACUGUUACCACAACCAGUAGUACGAGUUCCAAUACAAAUAUGCAACAACAAUUCAUGCAAUUUCAAACUAAAAAUUCUUCAUCUGUAUUACGACAUAAUUCACGUAAAUUUACUAAAAAACCACAAAUAAUUAAUGAACAAACAUGGUCUAUUUCAAAAUCCCUACUAAUGGAUGGUCAGCAUAGUUUAGAUUCAAUCAUUACAUUUUUAUUAACGAACAAUGGUAAUACAACAAAAUAUUCUUCAUCUGGAUAUAAAGUACCAGAAUAUAUUAGUGAUUUAUUAAAUUUAUAUCGUUUUGAUGAAGAAUGUCUUACUAGACAAAUAUCUUAUUGUGAUCGUGAUUUAUCUUCGUUUAAUAGAACUAAAACUUCUAGUAGUUUCAGUUUUAGUCCUGAUGAAACUAAUUUUACCAUUCAUAAUAAUAAUAAUAGUCAAACUGUUGAAGAAAUUGUUGUACAUGAUCGAAUAUGGUCUAAGCCAGAAAAUAAUAUGACAACAUUUGUAGAGCCAUUAAAUUUGGAUAAGAUAAACUUUAUAUUACCGGAUCUUUAUUGGAUGUGGCGUUGA